CGCGUUUUUGCAUAUUAUUAUGACGUAGUUAGCCAUCUUUCUUUCUUCCUGUAUCGCGUGCUGUGGCCGCCGCAUUUUUGCUCAGGCAAUUUCUCAACAUUUCAAAGAAUCUUUCUUCUUGCAGAAUUUAUUAUGGACGGAGAUCUAUACAACAGCUCCGGCAUGAAGCGUGGUCCUGAUGACAUGCAGGUUGCUGAUGGAAUGGGAGACUCAAAUGAUGCCAAAAAGGCCAAGUUUGACAAUGGAAACCCACCAUCUCGAGUCGUUCAUAUCAGAAGCCUGCCGAAUGAUGCUGCAGAAACUGAUGUUGUACAACUGGGCAUGCCUUUUGGCAAAAUGACAAAUGUACUUGUGUUGAAGCAGAAGAACCAGGCUUUUCUGGAGUUUGAAGAAGAGUCGUGUGCUGUCAAUAUGGUCACAUAUUUCAAGACCAACCCAGCUCAAGUGCGACUGAAGUCUUGUUACGUUCAGUACUCAAACCACAAAGAGCUGAAAACAGAUGCAGCCAAUGUUCAGAACACGAGUGCACAGGCUGCUCUCCAGGCAGCACAGGGAUUGCUUGGCUCUGGCACUGCACCCGGAGGAGGAGCAGCAGGAGGAGAACAGACAACCAUUCUGCGAGUUAUUGUUGACAAUGUUCUCUACCCUGUCACUUUGGAGGUUCUGCAUCAGCUCUUCUCCAGGUUCGGAAAAAUCAUGAAGAUCAUCACAUUUACAAAGAACAACACAUUCCAGGCUCUCAUUCAGUUCUCUGACCCGAUUUCUGCUGCAACUGCUAAGGAUUCCCUGGACAGUCAGAACAUCUACAAUGGGUGCAAUACCCUCAAGAUUGACUACUCUCGUCUGACCAACCUGAAUGUCAAGUACAACAAUGACAAGAGCAGAGACUUCACUCGACCAGAUCUCCCUGCUGGAGAAGGAAUGCUUGAUGGUGGAAUGGGAAUGGGUGGAGGCAUGGGAGGAAUGGGCGGUGGCAUGGGAGGAGGAAUGGGUGGUGGCAUGGGAGGCGGAAUGGGAGGUGGAAUGGGCGGUGCUGGUGUUCUUGGAUCUGGUGCCAAUGCCAUGGGACUCGGUGGUGGAUUCAACUUUGGCAAUGGCAUGGGCAACCGAAUGGGCAACAUGGGUGUGAACUCCAACCAAGGAUCUCCAUGCAUUCUUGUUUCUAACCUGGAUGAGGAGAAGGUUACACCAGAGGCUCUUUUUAUACUGUUUGGUGUUUAUGGUAACGUGCACCGCGUGAAGAUCUUGUUCAACAAGAAGGACAAUGCUCUUGUACAGAUGGCUGAUCCCACACAAGCCCAGCAAGCUAUCACAUACUUGGACAAGGCAAAGGUCUGGGGGAGAACCUUGAGAGUUGCUCCAUCCAAACAUCAACUUAUUCAGAUGCCCAAGGAAGGCCAAUCUGAUGCCGGCCUGACGAAAGAUUUUGUGACGUCCCCACAUCACAGAUUCAAGCGCAUGGGCUCCAAGAACUACAUUUUCCCUCCUACAGGCGUGCUGCAUUUGUACAAUGUCAACACUCUGGAGGAAGAUGACAUCCGUAAUUUGUUCUCUCAGUAUGGAUCAAUCAAAGCUUUCAAGUUCUUUAACAACGACAGAAAGAUGGCUUUGAUUGAGAUGUCAACAAUUGAGGAAGCCACUCUUGCUUUAAUUGGUCUUCACAACUACCAAGUCGGCGACAGCCUCCAUCUCAGGGUGUCCUUCUCCAAAUCGACCAUCUAAAAUCAUCGCUCAUCGUCCUGUCUCAUUGUAUAAGUUGAUCUGUUCAAUUGUCUACUCAAAUCUCAUUGAUCACCUUGCCAUUAUUUUUUUAAACCCAUGUGCGUUAUUAGCACAAAACUAUUGAUUUACAUUGAUGUAAGGCCAUUCAUGUUUUGAAACUGUUGAUUUUGUGGGCGGGUUUGUUUUUAUUUUUUUUUUUUAUUUUGUAUAGUGGGUUACAAGAAUAUUGAAAAGCAUGAGAUGCAGUGGACCAUCUUAAUGCUCUCUUUCAUUUUCAGCGAGAUCGUAGUGUUCCGUUUUUGGACAGCCCAGGGAAUCUUAUGUUCUCAGGAAUAAGCUGUUCAUAUGUACUGUGUUCUGAUUUUAGUGCACAUUUGGAACAAUAGAAAUUUUGUAAAUACAUUGUAUACUCGCCUCUAAUGCGGCAGCUGAACUAUCAUGUUUUGGUUCUCUUUGUGUGUUGUUUUUAUUUUCAUGACAUUGUGUGUAUGAUCUCCUUGUAUUUUUUCUCCUGUGGCCAUCUGCAUGGUCGUGCUGAUUCAUGGGGAAAGUGGAGGCAGACUUGGUACCUUGGCUCUCGAGAGCUGCUAUGAGGAGUAUUACCCUUUGUUCAUACCCGUCGGUGUUUGCAGGCUCCGCUGCUAAAACAUUUAGUUGCUUUGCUGUCUGUACAUGUAAUGAUCUGUUCAGGACUGGGGCAAACUAGGUUUUACAACUGUUUUAUGAAGUACAUUGUACUUUUCUGUUGGUGUUGUUCAAGCUGACAGAAGUACAGAUAUGCUCAAAAGUUGAUCGGUUUUUUCUAAAGACGUUUCAGGGGGUAUUUGCUGACUUUUUGGGGGAGUUUCUUAAAGAACCAUAGAUAUUAAAAUUUAUAGUCUGUGUAGUUUCAUCCAUGUCGUGAUCAAAAUAAAACUAGUUAUUUUUACUUUGCA